AUGCGAACAUGGGCGAACCUUCCGGCGGGCUUGAGGGCUUCGUCCUGGGCCUCGGCGCCAGCUGGCAACUUGUCUGUCCAUUAUAAUAGGAGAUUUUCAAAUACAGCUCUCUUAUCUCGUGGCGAACUUCUCCGCACGCUGGUUGGUGCUGCCCCUCACGCCGAGGAAUCUCAACACGCAUAUCCCUACGACCGUCGUUCAGCUUCCCAAGGUUGCCUGCGCCGAUUUUCAACUACUCCUACGUCGAGAAUUAGAUUAGAGGACGACGAGGAUGAGCACAAUGAGCUGUCUAAACCCGAGCCCCAAAGGCCGGUCAGGAGGGUGGCGGGGCGACCACUCCCAACCCAAUCGAAGGAUAUGAGAACUCUCAUCUUGUCGCGGAAGCCUAUACCGCUUAAAACGACGCCAGUCACACCUCCGGAGUCUACAAUUACCCAAGAAUCACCUCCCCCUCCACCGUGUCUUACCCCACAACAGUUGCGUGAGGAGCUUCACGCUAUUGCGACAAAAUUCGAAUUGCUUCUUAAACCUGAUAUUUCCCUCGAUGAUGUUAUAAGCUCAAGAUAUAUUGAUGCUGAAAAUUAUAUGGCGGAAAUAAUUUAUACCACUCAACGGAUAUCGUCUGCCGUGGCGGAAAUAUUGCACAUUCACACUCAGCAGCUACUUACCAUACUCGGUGAAAGUAGGGCAACUUGUCAGCAGUUUGAAAGGAGAUAUUGCAAUAUUGUGUAUCACCGAACUCCCCAAUGGAGGAUAGCCGUCUCUAAAAGCCAAAGGGAGGUUUCUCGUUUGAAGACCGAGUUUUCGGAGUUGCUUCUCCCGGUCGUUGUGGAGAAUGUACAAAGGUCGCAGGGAAACGUUACCAAGAUGCGAAAGCUGAUUAACUCGCAAUACCUGUUGCCUCGACAAUCGGCUAGAGCAAAUAUCGACAAAGUUUUAUCUGAAUCGGAACAGGUACACACAGAAUAUGCGGAAUUACAAUCGAAGGGGAAAAAGGCAAUAGCAUUGCUAGAAGACAUCAUCCUACUUACUAUCUCGCUCAAAAAUCUCGACUUGUUAAUUCCCAGUCGAAAUGGCCCCAAGUUCGAUGAUUUCCGACUGAUGCUCUCGGAGAAUAAAAAGGAAUUCGGAUGGGCUGCUCACUCUUAUCGUUCAGUGUGGGUUGAGCGCAAGCAAGCCGAAAGCUCGUUCCAAGGUGCACAAUUCUGGAGCGCCAAGGACUUCACCGAAGUUCUUCGAUCAAGAAAAAUCCGAGAAGAGUCUUGUAUAGAAGUAGCUCGAUGUCGCAUGUUUGCGGAUAUACUUCGUCGUCCACGAGAGCUGGCUCUCUUUCACCGCGAGGCCGUGAUUGCUAAGUAUCUGCGCCGUCUAUAUAUGAGUAAAUGGACUGCGAAGAGCAAGCGAACCGACAACUAUCUAUUGGACAUUACCUGGCGACAGCUGGACGUGAUGGCCCCCUUUGAGAUCAAAAUAAUCCAAGAUUGGUGGUUGCAGGAAGAGAUUUAUUUUUUGCUGAGAUCCUUUGAUCGACAAACCGGGCCAUAUGGGCCAAUGUGGUCCAAUGUUGACUCUGAUGCACUUGAGCGGGUCCGUGACUCACUGAAAAUCCUUCUAGCGGGAUACGCCGCCACUCGAAAGGCCUUUAUUGAAGAGAUGAGCACGUAUAGGCACAUCAAUUGGCAUCGACUGAAAAUUGAAGAGAAGCUGCACAAUCUCGGCGAGCCGAUUGAGUACAAAGAGCGAGGCGUUCUUGUCCCAGCGGAGCCACUCAGUGGUUCAACCAUCCGGUUCAAUCAUUGGCUCAAAUUGUACGCGGCCGUUGGAUUUAGAGCUUGGGUUCUUAGGAAGUUGAAUAUUCUUUCCGCGGAAUACACUACCAAUGAGCUAGGUCAUAAAGUGACACAAUAUGCCAGACUGUCUCAAAUAUUUCUCAAAACCGUGCAAGCACCUUUUGUACCUGAGGGUGGAUCAGUGAUUUCUGCCAAACAUAACUCGUCUCUGGCAAGGCAGAGAAGAUCAGCAGGUCUGAGGGUGCGUCCUGUACUCCCUUUGUUUAUAAGGAAGUUUGACGACUCUCUCUUUCCGUCUGAUAAGACAGAUUCACCCCCAUCAUCAGAUGGUAUCAGCCAAGGCGAUGCGACACUUAUAGAAAGAAAGGCUUCCAGUAAAUCAUCAUCGAAGGAACAGAGUCGCAACUUACGCCGUGCAAACCCACUCAAGCCGAAUAAUGGCCAGAUAAACUUCUUUGACUCGGUUUCCCCAACCCCUAAUACAGGACGCUCGGUGGCUCAACACGAAGAAACCUCACAGCCGAAGUUAACCUCAAAGCCCAGAUCAAGUGAGACUACAACAUCUAAGGCAUUCGAAAAAUCAAAGACGACAAACUCUGUAAAACAACAUCCCGGGCCCCCAUCUUCGUCUGAAAACAAGCAGAGUUCAUACAGCGAACGGAUUCGUUUUCAAAAAAGCCAACAUCCAAAGUCAGACUCAGCAGCAAAGCCGAAUCAGAACAACCCCUCGUCUCCCACAACUUAUACCGUCAAGAAAAAACAUUACGGUACCCCCUGGAGACGCAGCUCUUUUGCCGACGCUCCACAAAAUGGAAGAAGGCCAUACAGCAGCAGUACUGGACCGAGCAAUAUCAUAUCGACCACCACAGACGAUGACAAAGUCAAGGAAACUAGCAAGCACUCGCUACCAUCCGGCGUCUUACCAAUGGCCGAAACCAUAGAAGACUCAAUCCCGGUUGAAAGCAAAGCCAAAUCUGCCGCUGCAGCAGCUACAGCUCCACUAUUCUGGAGCCAUAGUUCGCAACGUAGUCCUUCUGGACAAAAGCUAAUCGUUCACUACUGUCGCUCCCUACAAAGCACCGAGGAAGUUGCUCAAUUAUUCCUCAAUAGUAAAAUCAUCGGCUUUGAUAUGGAAUGGAAAGCACAAGCCUUCUCAUGGGACAGUAUCCAGAACAAUAUAUCUGUGAUCCAAAUGGCGAAUGAGGAGCGCAUUGCUUUGUUCCAUUUAGCUCUUUUCAAGCCUGGAAAGUCCAGGGAAGAUUUCAUUGCGCCUUCGCUUCAGAGGAUUAUGGAGUCUUCGGAUAUUACUAAGGUUGGCGUGGCUAUUAAGGCUGAUACGACUCGUUUGAGGAAGUUUCUUGGGAUCAAGACUAGUGCGAUUUUUGAACUGAGUCAUUUGUUCAGGCUUUUGAAGUUUAGCUGGACGAAUCCUAAACUUGUCAAUAAGAGAGGUGUUAGUCUUAGUGAUCAGGCUCUGGAACACCUUGGGUUGCCUCUUGAGAAAAGUGAGGAUGUUAGGUGUGGGGACUGGACUGUUCCUUUGAGUUAUCGACAAGUUCAAUAUGCUGCGACGGACCCAUACGCUUGUAUUUGCUUAUUCAAUGUCAUGGAUCAGAAAAGACAAGCUAUGGUCCCUAUGCCACCUCUCCCUGCUCAUGCGGAACUCAAUAUGCCUAUCGUCCUACCUCGCGGUGAGGCAGUAAAUAACGAGGAACCUGUCGCUGCAGCCAUGGACGAUGCUGCGGUAGUCGACGGUUCAUGA